UUGGCUCAGCUUCCUCUCGUCUCUUUGCAGUUUAGCAGACAUGGCCGAAACGCCAAUCCGAUUCGGUAUUCUGGGCUGUGCAGGUAUAGCGCGUAAGCUAUCGAGAGCCAUAACCAUCUCUCCCAAUUCUAUACUCUACGCUAUCGGUAGCCGUUCCCUUGACAAGGCCAAGAAAUUCGCUGCGGAGAAUGGUUUCCCUCCGUCGGCGAAGAUCUAUGACAGCUACGAAGCUGUACUCGAUGACCCAGAUGUGGACGCUGUGUAUGUGCCGCUUCCGACAAGCCUGCACGUGAAGUGGGCCGUGCUGGCUGCGGAGAAGAAGAAGCACUUGCUGCUUGAGAAGCCCGUGGCAUUGAACGUGGCAGAGUUUGAUCUGAUCAUCGAGGCCUGUGAGGCCAAUGGUGUUCAGUUCAUGGACGGAACCAUGUGGAUGCACCACCCUAGGACUGCCAAGAUGAGUGAGUUCCUCGCUGAUUCGCAGCGUUUCGGUCAGCUCACGACGGUUCACAGCAUCUUUACAAACGCUGGUGACGAAGAUUUUCUCAAGAAUGACAUCCGUGUAAAGCCAGAGCUUGAUGGGCUUGGGGCUCUUGGUGAUAUUGGUUGGUACUGCAUCAGGUCCAUAUUGUGGGCUGUUAACUAUGAACUGCCCAAGACAGUAACUGCUCUCCGUGGAGCUAUUCUUAAUGAAGCAGGAGUGAUCUUGGCUUGUGGAUCUUCUUUAGAGUGGGAGGAUAGGAAGACAUCAACUUUCUAUUGCUCAUUCCUCUCCAAUUUGACCAUUGAUAUUACUGUGAUUGGAACCAAAGGAACUCUACAUAUUCAUGAUUUUGUUAUCCCUCAUGAAGAGGAAACUGCUUCAUUUACCGCUGCUUCUAAGAGUGGAUUCAAGGAGUUCGCCACAGGUUGGGAUCCAUUGCCUUCUCAGUGUGUGGUCGCAACAGAUAUUCCUCAGGACGCCAGCAUGGUGAGGGAGUUCUCAAGAUUGGUGAAGAGUAUAAAAGAGGGUGGUUCCAAACCAGAGAAUAAAUGGCCCAGUAUCAGCAGGAAGACACAACUGGUUCUGGAUAAAGUCAAGGAAUCCAUUGAGAAAGGUUUCGAACCAGUCCAGGUUGGGGCUUAAU